CUAUCCUGCUUUUGGAAACCAAGCGAACCCAAUAGCUAAACAAAAUAAUUUUUUUCUCAUCUAACGUUAACCCUUCCGUUUUUUUUUCUCUAAAAUCCUUACCUCAUUUGUUUUGUUAAAUUUCUCGCUUCGGCGCGCCUUUUUUUUCCCCUUCUAUUUGAAAAUUCACCUUCAACCCCAAUGUUCUUUUGUGUUCAUUUCGAGCUCGUUAUGCAAAAAGGACGAAGUAUGAACUUCAUUGCGCCGAAGCUGCUGCUGCUGCUACUACACAGACACAAAACAAAGAUUCGCAUUUUUUUUUUCUCUUCAUUUUUUUUUUCGGGGUCUCCCUCACAAGCGAAAGGCCAUUUGUGUUCUUGCUGAAUAAUAAUAAUCCAUUAAGAUGGUGUUGCCAUCAUUACUCCCCCCGUUUAUUUUAGGAACCUGUUCUACUUGUCAAGUUGAAGAAUGUUCACCCUAUUUCCUCCUCUCUCCGGGUAACAUUAUAACAAAUUAUAGAAAGACAGCAGUUAUAUUCCAAACGAAGGUGGAAGUAACAUCGCCGUUUGCAACACGUCGAAUUUCAAGUUGAAUUAUAUAUUUCAGACCUGAGCGUGUGUAAAUGUGUGUGAUCGAUUGAAAUCGGAUUCUUGAAAAAAUCUGGUCUUGUUUUCACCAUGCUUUGAUUAUUUUCUUUUUUUUUUCUUUAAUUUUCUUGAUUGAGAAAUGACCUCAACAAAUGCUGUCCUCGUUGUUUCCUCUGCUCCAACCUUUUUUUUUCACUUUCAUUUUUAUUUUAAAAAUAGUUUGCGCGUCUCUCGUUUCGGUGAUGAUGAAAUUCGUAUGUUUCCUAUGAUAACGAUAAUUUAGUUUCUGAUUGACUUGAUGUUUUUUUUUUCUCCUUUACCCUCUUUUGCAACAUUAGAUAGAGAUACGAACGAGUUUGCUGCUGAAUUGCUGCCUUUUUGUAGUUGCACACACAACUGUAGACAGGUUCUCCCCAUACGCAUCUCCCAUCAAGUUCUAAGAACGUUACAAUUUAUUAUUAUUCCUUUUUACCCUGCAAGUCACGCGCUGUGUGUGUGAGAGUGUGUGUGUGUGUGUGUGUUUGCGUGCAAGUGGGAUUUGCUGGAAAACAAAAGAAAUACAUCAAUUUCUGCGAUUGAUGCGUCAGAUCGAUUUUUCAAUCAAAAUGUCGGAGAUACGGGAGGUAUCACAUUUCUUCCCAAGGAAGGAAACGAGUUCAUCCACAGCGUCGACGAAUCAAUUCUCCACGAACCCAUCAGGAUGAUGGCAGCCCUUAAAAAAUGUCAACUGGUAAAUUUACUAUUUGCUUUGCUGGGGACUGUUCGGAAUGGAACGGGGUUUGACGUCAGCACUCAGCACUUAACCGAUUGGUUUUCUACCGAGUGCCGAAUUUAGGUACAGCAAUAAUGCCCCCGUUUUCACGCAAUUAGAUUUAUCAGUCCAAUCGUUAAGUGUAUUUCUACGUAGUUGGAAUGUUUUUAGUGCUUGCAGUCACGUCGUUUAGAUCAGGUUGCAUAUCUGAUAAUGCCUAUUCGAGCAGCAACAGUAGGAGCGAACGAAGAAACAAGUGAAACGACAGUUUCAGUCAACCAUGGAUCGGCUGGCAAGUAUUGGAACUGGAGUUUGCAUCCAAUAAUCAUUUUUUCCAUGUUGGUUGGAGUUGAUUUGACUGUUCCAUCAAAAAAUUCCUGUCGUCAAAAAUGGAAAAAGAUCUUCUGUGUUAUUUCUUUAAUGAUCCACGCAGCCUUCACGCUGAACUUGGUGCAGAUUUUCCAGGGUCAGCUGAGUGAAAUAACCAGUUUUUUUUUUGGAGAGGAUGGAAACCAAUCUACGACUGCCUUGUGGAAUGUAGUCAUCGAUGUUAUCAAUUUUGAAAUCGGCUGUUUUGGCGCCCACUGGAUUAUGUAUUUUUGCAUCAAAAAGAGAUGGGCCUCUCUCUGUGAUGCCUUUCAAUUGCUGGUUCCACUUUUCGACGCCGAAUUUUACAAGGAAUUUCACGCCAAAUUACGACGCUGUUCUUACUACGGUUUAGCGUGCAUCGUAUUAGGGGUUGGCAGUUUGAGUAUUAUUGGAGUUGUUCCGAAUAUUUAUACGGAGACCACAUUCAACAUAAAAUUUUUGGCACUUUCGCAAGUUUUCUUCCAGAUUUAUCACGUAUUGUCAAUUACGUUGUUCGCUAUUGCCAGUUAUGCUUCAUCGAUUUCCUUUCAAUCUAUCGCUUUGAAACUGAAUGGCUGGAAAAAUCCACAAGCUCUUAAUCUGCAUCCGAAUGCUGACCUUAUUCUCCUGAAACGCUAUUACGUUUUGGCUUGCCAGACUGUCGACAGCAUUCACCAUUGUUUCGGCUGGAGCCUUCUAUUCAUCGUGCCACAUUUAUUCGUCGCCAUCAUUAAUGCGUCGUUUUACUGGUUUGCCAAAACUAAUGAGAACAACUCGGCUUCUGAAAUCACGUUUUUCUUCUUUCUUCUCAUCAAUCUUUUCGUCGUUUGCACAACUUCCGAUCGCGUACGUAUUCAGUCGGAGAGGGUACUCAAAGAACUUAUUCGACUAAGAAUCGAACCGAGACAUAAUCAUUGCAGAAAACAGGUCCAUGAACUCCUCAUGCAAGUAGUAUUAAACUCACCACGAAUAAGCGCUCUUGGCUUCUUCAACGUCAGUAAAAAAUUAAUUCCCACUAUGAUUGGAACGACGCUGACGUACUACUUUAUUCUCCGUCAGUUUCAUUCUUCAGAGAAAAAGUCUUUUCGUUGACACUUAUACUAUUGCAUUAUCGCAAUCAUGUAUUUGAAAGUUCACUUAAAUGCGCUCUUUACCUUAUAGAAUUUAUGCUUAAUUACGUAUUCAGUUUCCACGUCAUUCUAGAACGAUAAAGGGUACAUAGAAUACGCGCAUCAAGCAAUUAUGAAAUGGAAAUACGCUACUAUUAUCAUACAUGAUUGAAUGAGUCAUUAGGUGUACAUUCAUUUUUGACGUGUAUUCUUUGUCGUUGUCAUUCGUCACAAAUUUGUAAGAUCACUAAUGGAUUAUCUAACAAGUGCAACCCCCCCCCCCCCCCCCCCCCAAACAAAAAGACCCAUUAAGGUCUACAACUUUUUUGUUAUUAUUUAGUAGUCGGCGUAGAAUGUUGGUUCCGACAAGAACUGUAAGUGAGGAAGCAGUUGAAAAGGGCUGGUUAUGGAGUGUUCAACCUCUUGUCACUUGGGCAAAAUGGUUGGGUAUUGAUUUGUCGAGUGAACAGAAAUUUUCUCGGUGUUUUGUUUUGUAUUCCCUUUUUGUUCUUUUAACUUCUAUGUCCAUUCAGUUGCUAUGUUUAAGCUACAUUAUCGAUAACCACAAGGAAAUAUCUGUUACUUUUACCAUUGAAACUAGUUACCAUUCCGAUACAUUUUCAUGGAACACGGCGAUGGAUUAUGUUAACUAUGCUGUUCACAGCCUUGCAACCCACGUAAUUUUUUUGUCCGUUUUUCGGGCUCGAUGGAAUUUGUUGGGAGAAACUUUCCAAAAUUUGGAAUCAUUUUUGAAAUUCAGUUUCUUCGACAGAAUCCGAAAAGCCUCUAUUUUAGGUCUAGUUUGGAUCAUUCUUCUGCAUACUUCGUUAUUAGCUACUAAUCUAUAUCACCAUUCCAAAUAUGGAUCAUCAUUCUUGAUUCUGUUUUGUUCCUUGGUGUCUGUUUUUUCGCAAGUUUAUCCCAUCACGGCUAUAGUUCUAUUUUCAGUCGUGUGUUACGCUUCAUCAAACGCACAUCAAUCAAUCCGAAUGGACCUUAAUCUUCUCAAGAAUACCACAACAGACGGGAACUAUUAUAAUCGCUUGUCAACUUUGAAGAGGAGACAUGCGCUUGUGUGUGAGACGGUUGAUCACAUCAACCACUGCUUCGGCUUUUUUAUGGGAAUUUCUCUGUCCUUUCAUUUUGUGUCUAUGAUUACCGCAUCAUUUUAUUUGUUCGGAACUGAUAAAGAGCCUGGAUCAGUUCUGGACAUAGGUUUUGCGUGCUCGCAAAUUUUUAAUCUUUCACUUAUUUGUUACCCAGCGGACCUGAUCCGCCUUAAGGCCGAUUCAGUUUUGAGAAAACUCAUCCGUAUGCAACUUGAAAUGGAAGAACCCCUUAAAUCUUUGACGAACGCAUUCGCGGAGCAAACAAGCCUGUUUUUCCCUCAAAUUAAUGCGGCUGGUUUCUAUCCCAUAAGCAGAAAAAUCAUUCCUCAGAUAGUGGGAACGACACUCUCCUAUUUUUUCAUUCUCUACCAAUUUCAGUCAGCCGAGAGAAGCGAUACGUCAGUAAAUGCAGGAAUAUGAUUUAUUUAAAAAAAAUACAGUUACCCAGUCUGCUUACCAUUAUUGCUUUGUGUAUUCACUGUCAGAAAACCAUCUUCUUUUGGAAUUUUUUUGUUCCCGUUUCCCCGCAUACUCACAAAUAGUGAAAUUGGGCAACGCAGGCGUGUUGCGCAGCUUUGUUUAUUUACCUUAUAUUUGUAUGAUCCCGUCAGUCACAGUCAAAUCAUUUUGAUUUGACAGUGUUCAAUAAAUUAUCAUUUUAAAACACUAUUUGAGUAUGGAUAUACAAUUCACAGGAAAGACAGCUUUGGUUACUGGUGCAGGGCAAGGAAUUGGAAGAGCCAUUGCAAAACGAUUGUUUGAACAUGGAGCUAAAGUUUAUGCGUUAUCGAAGACGUCUGAAAAUUUAAGAAAAUUACAAGAGGAAGCUCCUGGAAUCCUUACUGUUAUUGUAGACCUUGAAGACUGGGAGGCAACUCAAAAAGCUGUCAAAGAUCUGGGUCACAUUGAUUUGUUGGUCAAUAAUGCUGGAGUUGCAAUCUUGGAGUCCUUUUUGGAUAUCAAGAGUGAAAGUUUUGAUAAGGUCUUCAAUGUCAAUCUUAAAGCUGUUGUCAAUGUUUCUCAAACAGUAGUAAAGCAAAUGAUUGAAAAUAAAACAGGAGGAUCAAUUGUAAAUGUGUCAUCCCAGGCUUCCCAGGCAGCUUUAAGAGAUCAUGCUAUUUACUGUAGCACUAAGUCUGCUCUUGACAUGCUGUCAAAAGUAAUGGCUCUUGAGUUAGGGCAACAUAAAAUUCGAGUAAACUGUGUGAAUCCGACAGUUGUGCUUACGGAAAUGGGAAAAAUGGGUUGGUCAGAUCCCUUAAAGUCAGGUCCUAUGCUUGCUGGAAUCCCCUUGGGUAGAUUUGCAGAGGUUGAAGAAAUAGUGGAUGCAGUUGUAUUUCUUCUUAGCGAUAGAGCUUCCAUGAUUCACGGAACGACUCUUCCGGUUGAUGGGGGAUUUUUGGCGUGUUGAAACUUGAAACGAAGGUUGAACAUGCGUUUCAACUUUUUUUCAAAUCUGGGGUAAUGUAAUGUUAAUAAAAGUCUAUCAAAUUGUUGCAAUUUAAAUAAUAAUAAUAAUACAUUCCGUUUAUUAUU